AUGGACAAUAUGCCCGCCGCAAGCUCACUUCAGUGUGUUUUGCUAUUGUCUGUGGCAAUAUUAUGCAUAGUUUUCCUGUUUAAUACGACUGACUGGUCGAAGACGGCUUCCAUCAGCAUACUUGGAGCUACACCUCUGUACAAGUACAAAGGCGACCUUCCUCCUGAGAUAAAUGAGGCUUACGAUGAGUGGCACAAAUGUAUGAGUAAUAUUUUAUCUCCACUCCUUGGAGAUCCCGAAAAGCUCUGGUCUACCUUUCGAGAUACUAUAAGAAACUGUCGAGAGCAGACUGCUAUGAAGAAGCUGAAUCUGACAGGAGUUAAGAAUAAAGACGAGUUCAAGUAUCACCUUUACAACACCACAGACGUGAGUGUUUCGUGUUAUUUCCAAAAUGAUAAAAUUAUGCUUGAACUUUGUGGCUAG